AUGGAUUUGGAAACAGCACGUGCCAAUUAUCCAAACAGACUAGAGAGGUUAGAAGAAGAACGUCUUAUGGACAUGCCUUUCGAUGUUAGUGAACCUCAAGUUGAAGGACACGACGGCUUUGCCAGAUUCUACUGGAAACAUGACGAACAAUUGCAUCCUUUGAGAAGGAAAAAAGGUAGUGCAGAGGAUGGUCAUGCUCCCAUGGAAAGAACAAGAUAUGCAUAUGAGAAGUAUCGUGAAGUUAGAAGUCAAAUUACUUCUGGUCGAACCUUUACAGUAAACUUUGACGAAGGAAAGAACAAAGAAGGCUUCAUGGGAGUACUUGCUGCCAUACAAGAUGGAAAUAAGAAAGGAUACAAUCUCAGAUUGACCAUAACAGAUUUGGAUGGUCACAUUUACUAUGCACAUGGCAAUGUCACAACAGCUGCAAUGCUUCUUGACGCUUUCAAGACUACAAAGAGAGAACAAAUGGUUGACUCCGACUCAGACAUUUUGAAUGCAAUUGAAGGAAUUGCAAGUGUCAAGUUCGAAUGGUACCAACCUAACCCUCAAGCAGUCAGACAACAUGCUGGAUACUUCCCCUUCAUAAAUAAGUCUGACAUUGACUUGACAAGGUAUGGAAUUUACAAUUCAAUUGAAACAAUUGUCAAUGAACCUUGCAUUCUUACAUGUCUCAGGAACUCUGGUCUUGUUACAGAAGAGAAGAUGAAGUAUCUUGAGUCAUGUGUGAAGACAAGGUACAUUCUCAGAGGUCAAUUGGCAAAAAUUGCACCGUUGGCAAAUGUCAAUAUCCGAGUCAACAUACCUACAGCUAAAGGUUCUUCACAUGACGACUAUGUUGUUGAGUUCAAUUUACCAUGGUUGAAGAUUGUAAUUGUCCACAACCACUUCAUGUUGAACGAAAGUCUUACAAACCCAUUGUUCGGAAAAGGCAAGUGCAACAUUGUCAGAGCUGUAAACAUUCUUUUCGAGAAAGGUUUGUUGGAACCAAUUCCAGAUGACAAGCUGACAGAAACUUUUGUACCAAAAGACGAAACAAACUUUUCACUGUUAGCAAGACCAAAAGUUGUUCCAGACAAAGUUCUAGUACAAAAGAAGUACACAAUUCCACAAGGAGUUGGAUUGUUCGGAUACCAACCUGAACCAGAAGAACUUCCAAUGAG